AUGCCUGCAGUUUAUAUCGAAAAACUUGAUGAUAAAAAUAUUGUUUUUAAAUUUGCUAAUGGUUCAUUGAAAGUAACUAUUCGACAGGGUGAUUUAAGUAAAGAAAUAUGUGAUGCUAUUGUUAAUUCAACAAAAGGAUCAAUGCAUCCUAAUGGAGGAUUGGAUGAAACAAUACAUAAAACGAUGGGUAAACUUUUUGUUGAUCAAGUAGAAGCAGUUACAAGAGAAAUGCAAGAUAAUUCAUGUCCUAUUGGACAAUCACGAAUAUUUGUUGGAAA